CGGUACUGCAGCACGAUUCCAUCAGCAGAGCUAGGUAUUUGCGCUGCCACCUAACUGACACUUUCGAGAAUUUCCAUGUAACCCGCUGUCGACAAUACAUUCCCGCUGGGCUCGAGUUUGCGAACUUUGGGUCUCUUCCUUACCUGUCUGGGAGAGGCCGGUACAGUUACUACCUACCCUACCUUCGGAGCCAUCGGGAUGCCCCCAUCGACGAAGCGCACUCAGAGACCUCGUCGCGACCCGCGUCAAGAGUCUUCUACCGCCCAGGCUGAGGAAUCCUCACCGACACGUCCCGCGAAGCGCCGUAAGAAAGCGCAGGAUGCGCACCUAUCCGGGCAGGCUGAAGACGCGGAGUCUUGUGCAGGUGACGACCGUAAAAAUCCGAUAAAAGAUGGCGAUCAACUCCUCGCCCAAAUCAUCCAAUGCCUCCUCUGCCCAAAGGAAGGCCCGGUACAGGCAAGCAAAGAUCACGCCAAUGCGAUCCAUGAAGCCAACCGGGACGGUGUCAAAGCAUACGCUAAAAUUGCCGCUCAAGACUGGACAUUUUACGUCACGAAACUUAACGUCAACAUCGGCCGGUCGUCGGAACCGCCCGGCCCGGCUGCCCACGAAGAGGACGUAGAUGACGACGACUGGAUGCACAUCGACCUCGGACCGAGCAAGAUGGUCUCACGACAACAUGCUCGUAUAUUUUUCAGUCCCGAGGAUGAGAAAUGGUUUCUCGAGGUCAAAGGUCGCAAUGGCAUCAAGAUCAACAACAUCCCGUUAAAACAAAGCUGUUGUCGGCCUCUCCAAAGUGGCGACGUCCUAGAUGUGGGUGGUAACGAAAUGAUGUUCGUCUUACCCACUGAGAUCAGCACACUUCACAUCCAUCAGAUGUACCUAAAGAGGGCAGGGCUGUCUAGACAAGAUCUGGCAAAAUCCCUCCCCUCUGCAUCUAACGUAGCGUCUUUUGAGGACAACCACGGCCUUAGCACCUCCGGAGCCCCUCUCCGCACUCAUCACCAGUCUUACAACCAGCCCAUUGCCCCCACCCCUCCUAACUACAAGCGUCUUGGGACCCCUCCACCCGCUCCGGACAGGGUGCCUCCUUCCGAUCACAAAUCUCCCGGCUAUUCUGGCUCAGGCACCCUUUUCCUCAGCCCCAAUGAGAUCGAUCUGAGUCACGACGACAAUAAGCAUGUGAAGCCCCAGUUCAGCUAUGCUCAAAUGAUCACUCAGGCCAUCAUGAGCGCCCCGGAUGGCAAGCUUAACCUCAAUGGCAUCUACACAUUCAUUACUACCAAUUACGCCUAUUAUAGGCACCAGCCACCGGCUGGCUGGCAGAACUCCAUCCGACACAACCUAUCCCUGAAUAAGGCGUUUGACAAGGUCGCGAGAUCCACUGAUGAGCCUGGUAAAGGGAUGAAAUGGCAGAUCGUCCCCGAGGCACGUGAAGAGAUGACUCGGACUGCGUAUCGAGGCGGUCGGGGUGGUCAUAGGGGCUCCUCGGCGCCGACCUCGCCCAGCCACUUAAACUACAUCACGCACGGUCCUAGCGAUGUCAUGUCCAGGGAGUCCAGUUCUGCGCGGAAGAAAAAGAUGCCGGCUGCUAUAUCUCCGUCACCGAAGUCGGGAUUCCGAGCGAUACAGAUGACCCCUGAUCGAGCCACGCGUCAUCUACCUUCCAUGGCCGCGGUUUUGACAGCAGACGGCAGCCCUCUCCCACGGUCGCGGAAGGCAGCCGCCGGACCAACCCCUUCAAGUUGCUCAAACUUACAGGAUCAGUCCCCGACGCUGACCUCCUCCUAUCUGCCAGAUGAAGGGGCCUCUUUUGUCACGCCAGCACCACACCGCGUGCACCCCAGGCUGGCACCACCAAGUACUGCACAAAGACCAAGCCAACACAUGCCAACAAGUUCCCCAGCCCCGUUCUGGAAAUAUGCUGACAUCGGAAUCACGCCGUUGAAACCCGUGGCUCACCUGGACCUUAGUCCGUCGAGAUUAGCCAGGGGUUUGACCGCUCAUGGCAGUAGCCCGCCCCUUGCGGGCAAGUCACCCCUUCUUUCCCCGACAAGAGGCGUCGAGGCUCGAGGGAGGGCGGUGGAGACGCAUCCGGUCCCAUUGCUUGAGAUCGAUGAGGAUCAGGGGUUCGACCUGGCAAAGGGCUUCCAAAGCAUCGGUUCCUACCAUGCACCCGGUAAUCGAGGCCUGUCAGUAACUGACGGCCGUAGUGGGAGCAAGUCAUGACUGCGAAGUAACACUGCCCUGUGGGAUAUAAGAUGACAGAGAAUUUGACGACCUCAUCGAGCAAAGAUUCGACAGCUGAACCCGGACAGUACCACAAGUUUAAAGGUAGUCAGUAUCCGUGCCAUUGAUAACGGAAUGAAGCCUUCGAAUUCGAAGAGUGAGGAUUAUAUUUGUUACAAUGGGGCAUCUAGUAAUGUCCGUGAUCCCUGCCCUCCAACGUG